AUGAGCGACACGAAGCGUAUUGUAACCGAAUUCGUUUAUUGUUUACUGCUCAGCGGUGGAAAAAUGUCACCACCCGUGCUGUACUACCUGCCACCCAGUCCGCCCUGCCGCAGCAUUCUCUUGUUGGCCAAAAUGCUUGGCCUGGACUUUGAGCUGAAGAUCGUCAACAUACUGGAGGGGGAGCAGCUGAAGCCGGACUUUGUGGCAUUGAAUCCCCAACACUGUAUACCAACCAUGAACGAUGAGGGCCUGGUCCUCUGGGAAAGUCGUGCCAUUCUUUCGUACCUGGUUGCAGCCUACGGUAAAAGCGAUGAACUCUAUCCCACGGACAUUCGUGUCCGUGCCCUGGUCGAUCAACGGCUCCAGUUCGAUCUGGGCACCCUCUACAUGCGCCUCACUGACUACUAUUUCCCCACAAUGUUCAUUGGAGCACCGCUGGAUGAGGGAAAACGGGCCAAGCUAUCAGAGGCUGUGGGCUGGCUCAACACCAUUCUAGAGGGCCGACAAUUCGCUGCCGCCGAACACUUCACCAUUGCCGAUCUGACCCUGCUCGUGACCAUUUCCCAGCUGGAGGCCUUCGACUUUGAACUGAGGCCCUAUAAGCACAUCAGGCAAUGGCUCGAACGCUGCAAGGAGCACAUGGCGCCCUACGACUACGAGGAGCUGAAUGGCAGCAAGGCAGUCUUAAUGGGCGACAUGUUCAAGGCCAAGAUCAAUCAGGGAGGAGCCUAAUAUUUGUAGAUUCAAGAUCAAAAUCGUACUAUAAUAAUGUCGUACUCG